AUGCCAAUAAAGGUAUUGUCGUCGCUAGACGCAGCUCGAAUACAAUGGUACCAUUUCAAAGCGAUCAUAGUCGCAGGAAUGGGUCUCUUCACCGACGCAUACGAUCUCUUCUGCAUCGCUCCGGUCAUGAAAAUGAUUAGCCAUGUUUACUACCACGGGGACUCCAUCAACACAGCCGUUCUCUCCACUUCUUACGCCAUCGCUCUGCUCGGCACAGCGGCGGGUCAACUCGUCUUCGGUUACCUCGGUGACCGAGUCGGUCGUCGCCGAGUCUACGGGCUUUGCCUAAUCAUCAUGAUCCUUAGCUCCUUCGGUUGCGGCUUCUCGGUUUGCACCACUCGAAGGUCUUGCGUUAUGGUUAGCCUCGGUUUUUUCCGGUUUAUUCUUGGUUUGGGUAUCGGUGGUGAUUAUCCGCUUUCCGCGACCAUCAUGUCGGAGUUUGCGAAUAAGAGGACACGUGGCGCGUUUAUUGCGGCUGUGUUCUCGAUGCAGGGCUUGGGGAUCCUGGUGAGCUCCGCCGUGACGAUGGCUGUUUGCGUAGCGUUUAAAAAAGGUGGAGGCGGUGAGGAGGCGGAGGAGGAUGCUCCGGCGGAAGCUGACGUGGCGUGGAGGCUUAUACUUAUGAUCGGUGCUCUUCCUGCUGCAUUGACGUUCUACUGGCGAAUGUUAAUGCCUGAAACCGCGAGAUAUACAGCACUUGUGGAAAAUAAUAUCGUCCAAGCAGCAAAAGACAUGCAAAGAGUCAUGUCGAUAUCUCAUUUCUCCGACGAAACCACCACCGAGCCACCUCCCCCUCCUCCGCCGCCUUCCUCCUCCUACAAACUAUUCUCGCUCCGCUUCCUCCGUCUCCACGGCCGAGACCUCUUCGCCGCCUCCGCUAAUUGGUUCCUUGUAGACGUCGUCUUCUACACAAGCAACCUCCUCCUCUCCCAAAUAUUCAGCCAUUACUCCGAUAAACCUUCUUCCUCCACACCCCAAAAUGUAUACGACGCUGCCUUCGAGGUGGCGGAGUUAGGAGCCAUCAUCGCCGCUUGUUCCACCAUUCCCGGUUACUGGUUCACAGUUUACUUCAUCGACAAGAUAGGUCGAGUCAAAAUCCAGAUUAUGGGGUUUUUCUUCAUGGCCGUUAUCUAUUUGGUCGCAGGGAUUCCGUACAGUUACUGGUCAAAGCAUGAUCAGUCUAAGAAAGGCUUUAUGGUUCUCUACGGUUUGGUUUUCUUCUUUUGCAACUUUGGACCCAACACUACAACUUUUAUCAUUCCAGCUGAGCUUUUCCCGGCUAGGUUUAGGUCAACUUGCCACGGGAUCUCCGGAGCCGCUGGUAAGCUUGGGGCUAUUGUAGGCACUGUUGGCUUCAUGUGGGCUACGAAGAAUGUUGACAAUGGCGACGGUAGAAACCAGCUUUACCCCGAAGUGAACCGUAUGAGAAUUGCUUUCUUGAUUCUUGGUGGCGUUUGCAUCGCCGGAAUCUUUGUGACGUAUUUCUUCACGAAGGAAACCAUGGGAAGAUCGUUAGAGGAGAACGAGCAUGAUCAAGAUAACAAUGAUGAGAGCGGAGAUGAGCCACAGAUUGUUGAAGGGCAAUCCUCGGCGAGCACUUUGCUUCGGACAAGAUGA